CAUCAUUAAUAGCUUGAUAAUGCACUUUCUAAAAUUCGAUAAAAGGCGUAAUUUAACGCUGAAAUAUUUCAUUCAGUGAUAAUAGUCCUGUUGUUUUAUGACUCAUACAAAAGUUGAGAUGUGUUGCAAUGUGAGCCGCCAACUAUGUUGCAUCUUUAUAGGAUUGCUGGCCAUCACUGUGGGGUCCACCGAUCUAGGAUACCGAGCUCAUCUGCUAGACACAUUUGGUUGGAAUCUUUGGCUACUGCUGUCUGUUUUAGCCUGGGUGCCCAUUAUCUUGACAGCAGUUCUCCUGAUUGUAGGCGCAAUGAAGAAAAUUCUUUCUCUUCUGGUGACUUGGAUAACAGUCGUGCUGAUUUUCGGAGUUGUUCAAAUUUUUAUAAAAAUUGUUUUAUUCACUCCACCCAAAAACAUUCAUCCACAAGACACGUACUAUAUUGUUUCUGGCGGCCUUAUAAUACUUCUUAUACUAUUUGUAUUUUCUUCCGCAUACUACCCUUAUGCAUAUAAACGGGAAAUUGAAGAAGAGGAAUUCGAAUAAAUUAAAUGCUUAA